AUGGCAUUUAGAGCUCAGUUUCUUCCUCUGGUAUUCGUCAUGAUGCUUUGCUCGGUGGUCCUGCAAACAGCUUCUGAAUGCAAAACUGGGUAUGGAUGUUCAUAUGCUAAAGCAGCAGCUUCCUCUUCCCUAGAGGUUCAAAACAGAAAGGUGCUUUAUGGUUGGAAGGCUAAAGAGAUGGGUCAUGAGAAGACAAGCAGUAGUACUGGGGGUGGCAAGAGCAUGGUCGGUUGGGAACUGAGAGAGGCUCCAUUGGGUCCGGACCCAUUGCACCAUCAUGGGGGUAGCCCCAAGAAGCCCCGAACUCCAUAA